CGGGCUUCUUCAAGAAAAAAUUUUCAAGCUUUCAAAUUUGUGCCUCGGCCAGAUCAAAUGAAGCUGAUACUGGGCAUAGCCUUCACAGGGCUUGUGAGCCUGGCCGCGGGUCGGCUUAGUCCAGUCCCAGCAAUGCAAAAAGAUACACUGUCUGAAAAUCUUGCUGCAGAGCUUGCUCAUGAGGAUUACCAUGAGUCAUUUGCUUCGACUGGAUCUGAUUGGACUAGCAACAUGCUCACUAGCAUAGUCUCAAAAGCUACAUCAGGAUUCAGGUCCACAUCACCGGAGGAGAAAGGAAUGCGCGAACUGCUGGAUGGGGUGCAUUCAUUUUCUAAAGCUGUUGAAGAGCUUCGUGGUUGGGUAAUGAAAUCGAAUGCAUCCAACUCACCCAAUGCCAAGAAGUUCUUGACUCAAAGCAUUCAGUUAUUAAUGGGAUGCUACCGCGACAUCUUCAAGCAGAUUCAAAACCAAGUGAAUGGCAGCUGCUCCUCAGACACUUCGCGUACGGCCACGAAAGCCACGAAGGAUAGCCAGUUCCGAAAAGUCAUUAGAAGAGACCUCGAAAGAAGAGUAGGCACCUUGAGUGCCAUAUUUGUCAGCGACACAAUUAGGAUUGAAAAUUUCAACCCAGAGAUAGUCCUGAACUGGGAGAAUAUUCUCCUUCGAGCUGUUGACUUCUUCUACAAGCACCAAUUCAUCACCUUGAAUAGUUUGAGGAAUUUCUUCGAAAAUCAAAAGGCUUUGGAAAAAUUAGCCAUUCGAACGAUGAAUCAUUCUCCAAAAAUUGAGAAGAAGAGAACCUAUCCCAAUUAUUCUGUCAGUCCUAACCUCGAAAGCAUGACUGAAUAUUGGGAGUUGCUAUAUUCUGUGACCAUAAUUCAAGCCCUGGGUCAACCAAGCCAAACUUUGGUGGCCUAUUUUGCUGUGGUUGAUCUCCUAAAGGGAGUUAUAGAAGACUCAGUGGAAGAUCCUCUCAGUAAAAAGUGGAUUGAAACUGUCACUAUCCUCAAGAUCCUGCUCGCAGAGAUUAGAAGAGGAGGUUGGGAAGCUCAUCAAGUUCUUCCAAAUGCCACCUCAGGUGACUGA